AUGUGUAUGCUGAGAAGAGAUGUUUUUGUGUGUAAUAAGUGCCAGAACAUUUUUACAUUCUGUUUUAGCCCCCGUCAAAAAAAAUUAAUACCAUUAAUUUGUGUAGUGAGAGUCUUUUCUACGGCUAAAUUGUGCUUUAUUCUUGUUGCGACAAGAGGGAGUUGGCUGUGGUUAACAAAGGAGAGUUCCAGAGACAACGAUCAGCCAUACACCUUUAGUAAAUCGAUCCUUCACAUUUGGCAGAACAAAUCGACAUUUCGUCCUAAAUUAUUGCUAUCGGGUUUUUUGACAGUCAUUUUUUUAAAGAACGUCAAUCGUCACUUGAACUACUUUAACGGAGUAGAGUUUCACGAGUUCCUUUUUAGUGAAGAGGAUGAAAAAAUGAGUUUGUCAGAACAUUGCGCAUUAAAGAUCAAUUUCAUAGUUUUCUCAUUCAACCUGACGCCCGAUGUUGAUUCGCGCAUCCUUUUAACAGCCACUCAUGAUAGAAAACAAGAGUUUUUAGGUCUUUCAAAGCACAAUAUUUCACCGCCUACAAAUAACACAAAAUUGGCUACUAUAAUACAAUACAAUGCAAAAAAGGAAAACAAGGAAAGGGAAAAAAUGACUUGA